AACACCAGCAGGGGGCAGCAUUGGGUCGCAGAGCGUCAGUGUGCUCAGAAGAAGAAGAAGAAGAAGCAGGAAGUGAGGGGACAGAUUAGCCUGGUUAGCUUCAGGCUAACUGUGAUGUGAUCGCCACCACCUGAACUGUGUGUAAACUGUGUUGACCCCAGCGGGCGUUGCCGGGGGCGAUGGCUCUGAUUGAAGGCGUAGGAGACGAAGUGACGCUGCUGUUUGGCUCCCUGCUGCUCCUCAUGGUGCUGCUGCUCGCCUGGAUCUCCACCCAGACCUCCGAUCCCCCAGAACAUCUGUUCACCUCAGCCGCAGACCCCACCCCCUCACCGAGGACCGUACCCAUCCACCAGGACACGCCCCCCACCGCCAGUACCUCCUCAUCAUCACCCUCAAGUUCUGUUAGUGACAGUUCUCUGACGGACGCUACUACCGCCUCCCCUCAGGAAGAGAAGGGCGAGGAGCGAGUUGGAGGGAGGGGGGAGGGCGGAGGCGAUGGUGUGAGGAGUAGAGGGGGAGGAGAGGAGUCUCCACCCUCUCAGAGGAACAUGGUCGUAAGACUGAAGUUUCUUAACGACACAGAGAGAACCGCUCAGGUCAAACCACAGGACACCAUUGGAUACAUCAAACGGACCUACUUUGCGGGUCAGGAGCAGCAGGUGCGGUUAAUCUAUCAGGGUCAGCUGCUUCAGGAUGAUGCUCAGACUCUGGCCUCUCUGAACCUCGUCCACAACUGCGUCCUGCACUGUCACAUCUCCCAGCAUGCUGGACGGGGGGCGGCGGGGGGGCCGCGGCCUGCUGACCAGGUGGCGGUGGCUCUGAACGUAGGCAGCCUGAUGGUCCCGCUGCUGGCUCUCAUGCUGUCUGUGCUGUGGUACUGUCAGAUCCAGUACCGGCAGUUCUUCACCGCCCCGGCCACCGCCUCACUGGUCGGAGUUACAAUCUUCCUCAGCUUGGUGGCCUUCGGAGUGUACCGCCGCUAGCUGCUCUCUGAUUGGCUGUUGAUGAUGAUGUCAGCAGCCAGGCAUGGCGCACACUCGCUAUGCUCUCUCUGCGACCUCUGACCUCAGAGCUGAACAGGACUCGAAGCUGCGGGAGGACGCAGACGCUCAUAGAGCUAAUGUUUGUUUUUGUUUCUGUUGCCAUGGAGAUGGAAUGUGAACCAGGACUUUAAUUUUUAUUUUUUUAAUUCUUGUUUGUGUAGGCUCUUUUACCUGUCUGUCUGAUUAAAGCUUUUGAAGAGAGAAAUCUAUUAAAUCAUUAAUUUAUCUUGUUGU